UGUCGCAAGGAAAAUGGCCGGUGGCAACUUUAUCAACCGGCGUUAGACAGGCCUAAGCAGAUCUUGAUUUCUGUCCUCGAGAUGGAGAGCCGCAGAAUGGAGCAGUCUUCCAUAAGAAAGCCGUGGUUUCUACUUCCCCAAGCGAGUUGUGAAACGCCUCUUGUACAGGCAUCCUUGAGGCCAGCCGAUCCAACGGCACUGCGAGCGAUCUUUAAUAAGUAUGCCACAGUGGAGCAGGAUGAUGAAAAGUUCAUGACACCAGUGAAUCUGAUCCGAGACUAUCUUGGAAUGCAGAAGGUUGAGGAGUACAAUGAGACAACUUUGAAUCUUCUUGCAGGAUGUGUUGACCAAACUAAAGAUGGCUUGAUCUCAUUUAGUGAAUUCUUGGCAUUUGAGGCCUUACUGUGUAACCCAGGUGCUCAACACAAGAUUGUUUUUCAACUUUUUGAUCUGGAUGGGAAAGGAUCAGUGACAUUUGAUGAGUUUGAAAAUGUUAUCAAGAAGACAACUUUUUUCAGCAAAAUAAAGUUCAACUUCGACACUGAGUUUGUCAAGACAUAUUUUGGGGUUAACAAAAAGGCCCGUAUUCGUUUUGAUGACUUCUCACAUCUGCUACAGGAUUUGGAGAAGGAGUACCAAAGACAGGCAUAUUUUCAAAGUAAAAUGCCAGACGGUGAAAUAACUGCUGUAAAAUUUUCAGAGAUAAUGAAAGUUUUACGAGGACACAAGCUGUCUCCAUUUGUCAGAGAAUACCUUCUCACGGCUGCUAGUGGAGAAGGUGGCCAUCGAGUAAGCUAUGGUUAUUACAGAGCAUUCAAUGUAAUGCUUGAUCAUGCACAAGUUCUCCAUGAUAUGGCAAUAAAGGCUGCAAAAGGGAAUCGCUACAGGGAACUUAAGAAAGCUGACAUGCUACAGGAGGCCAAAGCUGAUGCUGAGAUCACUCCUUUAGUUAUUGAUAUUCUAUUCCAUCUGUGUGACUUGGAACACAGGAGAGGGUGGAUCACAGUGUCAGAUGUGCAUCAGAUUCUUCCGCAUCGGGAUGUAUUUAAAGUUUUCUCCACGGAAAAAAUUGAAGAGGAGAUGAUAACCAAACCCAAAGAUGAAGAAGGGUCCGUUUUAUGGAAAGCUGUAGAGCAAGUUUAUCGGUUUGGCCUCGGUUCUGUGGCUGGAGCUGCUGGAGCGACUGCAGUGUACCCUAUUGAUCUGGUCAAGACAAGAAUGCAGAAUCAGCGAGCAGUGUUGGCUCAAGAGAGACUGUACGCUAACAGUUUUGACUGCUUCCUCAAAGUUAUUAGAAAUGAAGGCCCGCAAGGAUUAUACAGAGGAUUGCUUCCUCAGAUUGUUGGAGUUGCCCCAGAAAAGGCCAUUAAAUUAACGACAAAUGACUUUGUUCGUGACGUGUUUCGCGAUAAAGAUGGAUUCAUAAGCUUGCCUUUUGAGAUCGUAGCUGGUGGAUGUGGAGGAGCUGCUCAGGUUCUGUUCACCAAUCCUCUAGAGAUCGUGAAGAUCAGGUUGCAGGUCGCUGGAGAAGUUGGAGCUACCGGUAAAGACAAGGUGACGGCAUUGAGGGUCAUCAGGGAACUGGGACUGACUGGACUUUACAAGGGUGCACGAGCUUGCUUUUUAAGAGACAUUCCAUUUUCUGGUAUUUAUUUCCCGGCUUACGCUCAUCUGAAGCUUCACUUCAAAGACGAGAAUGGCCAGACUGGUGCUGUCGGACUUCUUGUCUCUGCAAUGAUCGCUGGAGUUCCUGCAGCAGCUUUAGCAACCCCAGCUGACGUCAUCAAGACUAGAUUACAGGUGAAAGCUCGGUCAGGACAGCAGACAUAUCGAGGGGUGAUUGAUUGUUUCAGGAAAAUACGGAAGGAGGAGGGAGGUAGAGCCUUUUGGAAAGGAGCAGGAGCGCGAGUCUUCAGAUCCUCGCCUCAGUUUGGGGUCACUUUGCUCACGUAUGAAAUUCUCCAAAGAGUGUUUAAAGUGAAUUUUAGCGGAAAGGGAGCAAUAGUGCACGAAGCCUGGAGUGAAAGAAGGUCCUAUAACCCUGACAUCUCAUUACAUCCUGACCACAUCGGUGGCAUGAGAAUGGCUGUGGCCUCGUUUGCAGGCAUUGAAACCAGGUUCGGUUUAUGUUUACCCAAGUUCGCACAUGCAGCAGCAGAGAAAAAAGCUAAAUGAACAUUACUCCGGAGGGAAAGGAUAGGUAGCAGACUUGAACUGAAUCCGUCGAAGCCGAUGAAAAAGAAAUUGCUGAUCAAUUUCAGUCUGUUUGAAGGAGAUUCAAACUCUAAAGAACCUUCCUCAACAUUAACAUUCAAGCCACGCUUGUCAUAAGUGGGUAGCUGUGUGUCUAUUUAAGCUUGGUUGCGCUUGUAACACAGGUGUGGCACCAUUAGUACUUGUUAUUCGCACGUGAGCGCGUAUAUGAAGUCACUUGGAUCGUUAGUGCAUCGUGUAUUUGGCAGAAAGAGCUAAACUAGCAGAUUUGAAUUAAAAGCAGCGUGUAUGAUGCACGAAUUUUCAAAUUUAAUCGUGACUAUGUCAAACAAACCAAAGUGGCGUUAGGAAACUGUGAAAUGCUAUUCUUAUCUUUUUGUCCUUAAAAUGCCAUUUUAAGCAUUGAAAAUCUCCAUCUUGCAAGGGGAAAAUUUUUGUGGGAACCCUAGAGCAGAUAUUCUUGAUUGAAUUUACCGCUUUAUAUUAUAUAUUAUAUUGUUCAAAUAGCCUUUGUUUUAUUAGCAGUUUAUUUAAAUUGCAGAGGCUUAUAUCACAUCGAUCAGAUUCAAAUUUUUUAUAAUUCAAGUUUAUUAAUGUAGCAAAUGUAAUCAUCAAUUCGUUUGACAAAAGACUUUCAGGAACUGCGUAAAAAUAAGGUCUUGAUUCACGCACACAAGCAAAUGCUGGCGAACAUAACAGCGCCGAGCACUGCUCUAUUUAUUAAUAGGCUUUCAAGGUCUAUGCGAGAACGAACUUUUUCAAUAUAAUGGAAUGACAUGAAAGCUCGACACAGUCGGAUUCUGAUGUGAAUUCAACUGUAUUGUUUGCCCGCUAUAAUCUUUCCUUGUGGGGCCUGUGGGUGACUAAUGUUAAUCCAGGCGUCUGAUCCGGGGUCUUGGUUACUAACAGAAAAUAUAUGUCAAAAUAUUUUUAUGUUUGAA